AUGGCUGGAAGAUGCCAACCAUUUAGUCACGUCAUGAAGAAAGGGGUUCCUUUUGAAUGGGACCAAGCUUUCAAAAAUGCUUUUGAAAGCAUUAAGUCUUAUCUGAUGAAAUCUCCAGUACUGGCAACCCCCAUACUUGGAAAGCCAUUAAUAUUAUACAUUUCAGCACAGGAAAGGUCAGUAGGAGCGCUUCUCACUCAAGGAAACAAUGAAGGCAGAGAAAAUGUGCUUUAUUACUUGAGUAGGAUGAUGACGCCAAAUGAGCUCAAGUAUUCGCCUAUUGAGAAGUUAUGUUUGGCACUUGUCUUCUCUAUUCAAAAGAUGAAGCAUUACUUCCAAGCUCACGUUGUGCUACUCGUCUCAAGAGCAAACCCUAUCAAGUUUAUCAUCUCUAAACCAGUCCUAAGUGAUCGAUUAGCGAGGUGGUACCUCCAGUUUCAACAAUUUGAAAUUGUGUAUGUUCCUCAAAAGGCAGUAAAAGGACAAGCAUUAGCAGACUUCCUAGCUGACCAUCCGAUUCCAAAUAAUUGGGAGUUGUCUGAUGAAUUGAAUGAUGAAGAUGCAAUGGUCAUAGAAAUUCAGCCUCCUUGGAAGAUGUACUUUGAUGGCGUUGCACAUCGUGAAGGAGCUGGCACUGGAAUAGUGUUUAUCACUUCUCAAGGAGAAGUUUUGACCUAUUCUUUCACUCAGACACAACGGUGCUCCAAUAAUGUUGUUGAAUAUCAAGCGCUCAUACUUGGGCUUGAAAUGGCUGUGGAUAUCAAACAAUUGCAAUUACAAGUUUUUGGAGAUUCCAAGUUAGUGAUCAAUCAAAUUUUGGGUAGCUAUGAGGUCAAGAAGCCAGAGUUGGUGCCAUAUCACAAAUAUGCUCAAAGAUUGGUAAGUUGGCUUGGAGAGGUAACUAUUAAACACGUGCAGAGAAAGGAAAAUAAGAGAGCUGAUGCAUUAGCAGCCUUAGCUUCUACAUUAUCUUUGCCUGAUCAGACACAAGUCGUUGUUUGCCAAAGAUGGGUAGUUCCUCCACCAAAUGACUAUGAGGAAGAAGAAAGCGAAGUUGAGCAUAUUGCUUCCGUUCUUGAGGUUGAAAUUGAAGACUGGCGACAACCAUUAAUAGAUUAUCUUUGUUACGGUAUAUUGCCAGAAAAUCCUCGAAGGAAAACGAAAAUCCGAAGGAUACCCCCUCGUUUUCUUUAUUACAAGAAUACACUCUACAGACGAUCAUUUGAUGGAGUGCUCCUACGUUGUUUGGGGACUGACGAAUCCCUUCAAGCCUUGCAAGAAGCACACUCUGGAGUAUGUGGUGAGCAUCAAUCUGGGCCAAAACUUCAUUUCCACAUAAAAAGAAUGGGGUAUUAUUAG